AGUUGUACAGCGACAAGCUUUUGUGUCCCAUACUGUUCGGAAUAUUCUUUCCCAUUUUGGUUCCAAUAAUCCCCUGCUAUGCCUAUAUGUGUGAAUCAAGGCCCCAUUCGCUAAGUUCGAAAUAUUAAAGCUUUCACAAUCCCAGAGAGAGAGGUAGAAGGUUCGUUGCGUUUCCUUGCAAUGGUCUGGAAGUUCGGUGAUGGCGUGGAGGAUGGUGGGACUGGGCGUGGAAAUAGGCCUAUCUGAAGAACACCCACCUUUCCAAUCUUCCAAUCAGACGUGAAAAUUGUAGAUACAGAGCAGAAGUGCGCAAGAUCAUUUUGGAAAGCUGGAAGAAAGAUUUGGGUUCACUUUUCUUUGGUUUUGGAAUGAUGGGGUUUCUUGGGUGUAUUAGUUUGACGGCUUAUACGGGUCUAAUCAGUUCAAAGGCAAAAAUGGUUUGAAAGAAAUGAUAUGGUAACAGGAGCCUUGCACUUUUGGCAAUGGCAAUGAGCUUUCAUAGAGUUCUUUUGGACAGGUCAUCUGGUAAAUGCCCUCUUGCUGGGAAUCAAUUGCAGAAGAUUUUAAGUUUGAUUGGUUUUUCUGUGAAAUAGCUAAGCGUUCCUGGUUUCAACUCUGUAGUUCUGUUGAUUGUUGGUGUUAAUUGGUCUCCGUUGGUAGCAGAUAGAGUAAAGUGUUUGGCUUCAUCAUGGUGCAAAUCUCCUUUGGCUGUUUAACAUCCAUUCUUGGAAGAGACAAAUUUCUUACCUAUCCAGCUCUUAUUUGUGUCUGAAGAUUCAGCUGUAUCGGGCAAAUCUCCUUUGGCAAAAGUUACUCCUUCUACGUUUGUUAGAUUUCUGGUAGUAACUCUAUAUAUAUAUAUAUAAAUUGUCAUUUCCUUCAAAAUAUUACCAUAGCGAGGUAGUACCUCUCAGUCCUCCUCCCUAUCUCUAGGGCAAAUCUCCUUUGGCAUAUUUGGUUACCCAGUUUGCUAUCUCCAGCCUCUUGAAUUCCUUUCUUAAAAAAUCCCCACCCCAAAAAAAGAAAGAGAUAUCUGAAGGUUGUAGGUCCUUGGUCCUUCUGGUGUUGGAAGCCUCACUUGAUAAUUUCUUCCUCUGGAAAGUCCAUUUCAAUUGGGCAAAUCUCCUUUGGCAUUUAUGAGUCCUGGAUUGACUCGCAUUUAUUGACCCUAAUGGGCAAAUCUCCUUUGGCAUCAGAUCUCCAGUUUUAGGUGGUUCACAUAAUCUUUUUGGAGAAACUACAUUACAGUUUGUGGCAAAAGCAGCAUCAAUUGGAAAUUUUUUGUGCUGUAGACUACUAUCCUUUGCGAUCAAUAUCAAAAUACCUACUGUUGAUGGAAACACAGUUUGGCACUGGGUUUUAGUGCUCUAAUUUGUUUGAGAUUAAGACAGGCUUAUCAUAGAUGGAUAUGCACAUUGCGGAUUCAGACUGGGAGACUUUCAGUGAGAGCAGCAGCAUUGAGGAUCAAGAGGAAAUUGAUUUUCUAUAUGCUGGGCAAGCUCGGAGCAUACUAUCCAGUUUAGAGGAAAGCAUUGGGAGAAUUGAUGAUUUCCUCUCAUUUGAGAGGGCGUUUGUUCAUGGGGAUGUGGUUUGCUCCUUGUCUGACCCAUCUGGACAGAUGGGCAGGAUUACAGGCGUUGAUGUGUUUGUGGAUUUGGAAAGUGUGUGUGGAAAACUAUUAAAAAAUGUAAACUCCAAGAGGCUUCUAAAAAUUCGCUCCAUUUCAGAAGGUGAUCAUGUGAUUAAGGGGCCAUGGCUUGGAAGAGUUCAACAGGUGGUGGACAAAGUAACUGUGUUAUUUGAUGAUGGAGCUAAAUGUGAGGUCACCAUGUUGGAGAAAGAUAAGAUCUUGCCUCUGACUCGUAAUUUACUUGAAGACUUGCAGUACCCAUACUAUCCAGGGCAGAGAGUAAGGAUUAGUUCCUCAACUUCUUCUAAGUCAGCUAGGUGGUUAUGUGGAACUUGGAGAGACAGUCAAGAUGAAGGAACCGUUUGUUCUGUUGAAGCAGAUUUAGUAUAUGUUAACUGGCUUGCAUUUGUUCCCAUGGGUCCUGAUUUUACUGUAAAUGCACCCCCAUGCUGGCAAGAUUCCAAAAACUUGACCUUGCUGUCAUGUUUUUCACAUGCAAACUGGCAGCUUGGUGACUGGUGCAUGCUUACAGUGGCAGACCCUAAGGAACAGAUGGAACAGAACUUCAGAAACACUUCUACUUGGGGUCUUACUAAGGAGCACAUUAUGGCAGGAGGAUAUAAAAAUGGAAACAUUAACUUCAAUAUUGGGGAACUUUUUGUAAUUGGGAAAAUAAGGACCAAAGUUGAUGUUGUAUGGCAGGAUGGUGAGCACACUUUGGGAUCAGAUCCCCAUACUUUACUCCCGGUGAAUGUCAUAGACACUCAUGAAUUCUGGCCUCAGCAGUUUGUGCUGGAAAAAGGUACUGCUGAUGAUCAUCCUAAGCCCAGCAGUCAAAGGUGGGGAGUUGUUCAAUUUAUGAAUGCAAAAGAGCGUACUAUAAAGGUACAAUGGAAUACUGUUUCCAUAUCUGAGCCAGAGAAUUUGGCUGGAGAUAGGAUGGAGGAAACUGUGAGUGCCUAUGAAAUCAUAGAGCAUCCAGACUACUCCUAUUGUUUUGGUGAUAUUGUAUUCAAGGCGGCUCAAAAGCAGCUUGGUUACCAAGCUGAGAAAGAUCAAGCAAAGUCAACAACUGACUUGAAUGUGGAGGCUGCUCUUAUAGACAGGAGCCACAUCAGUUAUCAGAAUGAGUUCCCUGAUGACUGUUACCUGUCCUGUAUUGGCAAUGUUAUUGGUUUCAAAGAUGGUUUUGUAGAGGUGAAAUGGGCUACUGGUUUAGCAACCAAGGUUGCACCUCAUGAAAUUUUUCGAAUUGACAAGCAUGAAGGUUCAACUGAAACUCCUGUUCCUUAUGAAGCAGAUAUUGAGGAGUUGACUCAAGAGAUGUCGGAAAUUGGAAAUCUAACUUCUGACAGAAAGGGAAAGGGCUUGUUAGAUUUGGCCGGUGAUAGAGUGCAUUGUGAAAGGCAUCCAGGGGAAUGUAGUACCUUUUCCCUUCCCCGAGCUGCCAUUGAAAUUUUCUCCAGCAUUAAGGCCAGCAUUUUUCAAACAUUUGGUGUAACAUCACUUUCACGAGCAGUUUCUUUAGUCCCUACAACUGAGGAGGGAAAUCAAUCUAAAAAUCUUGAUAAGAAAGAAGUUUCAGAAACUUGUGAACUCUGCACUGAAGCAAAUCCAAUGAGUGAAUUGCAGUCUACUGAAGACAUAAUUGCAGAUAGGGAUGUUAUUAGGUUUUCAGAGAGGAAAGAUCUUCUAUUUUCUACUAAUAGCAACAAUUCAAAUCGGUUUAAGCAGUUUGAUAUAAUAGAUAAUUGCUCAGACCACCACUUCUUUGAUGAGCGAAAAGGGUUGACAUCGUCUCAGGUAAAAAGAGGGUGGGUGAAAAGGAUUCAGCAAGAAUGGAGCAUCCUAGAGAGAAAUCUUCCAGAAACUAUAUAUGUCCGUGUGUUUGAAGAAAGAAUGGAUCUCCUACAAGCAGUGGUCGUUGGUGCACCAGGAACUCCUUAUCAUGAUGGCUUAUUCUUCUUUGAUGUUUGUUUUCCUCCUGAGUAUCCUAAUGAACCUCCUAUGGUGCACUACAAUUCGGGUGGGCUCAGAUUAAACCCUAAUUUGUAUGAAUCAGGGAAAGUCUGUCUGAGCCUCCUGAAUACAUGGACCGGUACAGGCAGCGAAAUGUGGAACCCGGGGGCCUCCACAAUUCUUCAAGUCCUUCUCUCUCUGCAGGCCCUUGUCCUUAAUGAAAAGCCUUAUUUCAAUGAGGCUGGAUAUGACCAGCAGAUUGGCAGAGCCGAGGGAGAGAAGAAUUCAGUGAGCUAUAAUGAAAAUGCUUUCCUUGUCACCUGUAAAUCAAUGCUAUAUCUACUGAGAAAACCACCCAAGCAUUUUGAGGCACUUGUGGAAGAGCACUUCGGCCAACGUGCACAACACAUACUUCUCGCUUGUAAGGCGUAUAGCGAAGGAGCUCCGAUUGGAUGUGCUUUCGAAAGUGUUAAAACCAUGCACCAAAAUCAGAAGGGAACUUCUACAGGUUUUAGAAUCAUGCUCGCUAAGCUCCUCCCCAAGCUUAUCGAGGCUUUUUCCGGUAAAGGAAUUGAUUGCAGCCAGUUCGUUCAGUUGCAGAAGUAACCAUCAUGGAUUCUCUUCCAUAGAUGUGUGAGAUGAAGAAAGAAAAACUGAGUUCAAUAGGACUCACCCAUGUGGGUCCCACCUCUCCUAUCUCUUUCUGUCUUUUAGAAGGCUUUCUGGUAUGGCAGAGAAAACCCUUCCAAGUGCCAAGCUGCAAAUGACCACCAAGCUUCCCGACCAAAACAUUCGAACCGUAUGUGUGAUAUAAAUAAGCGGUCUUGUAUCUUUUGUAUGAUAUCCUAUGUAUGCUUGUUCAAACACAACUGUUCUGUUCUUUGUUGUUUGAUGUUGUGUCAAUAAAACCUUGUGUGUGUGUAUCAGUACUAUGGCUUUCAAAAUUUAUAUGUAAAAUAUCAAGUUUGAAGCAGAAUAAUAGGAGUGGUUUGCUUGGUGUGUCA